AUGACCGGGAAAGCAUAUACCAUGAAGGAGAUGAAGGGAAUUGUAAAUUAUAUUGUGGAUCACAAAACCUAUGGUGAAAUAAGAGGGAGAAAAAUGUGGAUGGAUUAUGCAAAAUCUAAGGAAACAACAAGAACAUGGCAAAGUUUAAAGGAAACUUUCUUGAAAAGAAUAUUACCAGAUAUACACAAUCCUUAUUAUGGCUUACAACUGACUCAGAUAGCCAGCUUCAGACAGGGAUCCGAUGUUGAAGCAAAUAAUUCUAAUAAGCUAAAUGUUGAACCUGUUGAUAAGGGGCCAGGCUCACCUGCAACUUCUGGAGAAAACGGUCAUGACAGAAUUGAAAAGGAUGUCGAAAAUAACAAAGAUCAAAACAAAGAACAGAAUACAUCAGGUGAGGAUCCUAAUAUUGAUGAAUUAGAUAAUGUUAGAGCUUCCACAGAGACACACAUUCUAGACCCAUGUUAUGGAUCAGCAGAUGAUAUACGAAAAGACCUGGAACAAUCUGACCAGGAGAGAGCACUGGAUCCAAAAGGUGAAGCACCAGUAGCUACUGCUGUUGUGCCUAAUAACACAGUCAAAGUAAAUUCUUCUGAUGAAGAAAAUAUAGAUACACUCACUAAAGCUGUUCAAAAGGCAGCUGACCAACAACAAGAGAUUGCAAUUGAAUUGUCCGAUUCUGAAGAAAACCAAGUUAAACAAAAUGGACAAGCUGAUAACAUGGAAGCUAAAGCAGCACAGAAAGAGGAAACCAAUUUAAAUAUACCAACUGAAAAGGAAAAAGACAAAGAGAACUCAAUAAAUACAUCAAAAUCUAUUUUAAGCGGGAAUGAGGUGACAAGUGAAAAAAUUAAAUCAACCAAAAACAUUAAAGACACCCCAAACAAUUCCAACACUAUAGACACACAGCUUCCGAAUAACCCUGAGGAGCUUGACAAAAGUAAAGAAAAUAAUAAAGAAGUGGCUGAACCUAAAAGGAACAAGAAAAGGGCAGCAUCACAAGAAAUGAUAAUAAGUAAACGCAAGAAACUACUAAAUAAGCAAUCCGCAUCAGACACAGAUGCUAUUAAGCACAUAAGUAAGAAUGUUAUUCCCGAGGAUCCGUCUGAAAAGCAAGAUGAACCCAUAAGCCACGACGGGCAGGUUAUUAAUCUAGAAACAUUAUCAGACACAAAUGAAGCAAACGUUAGAACAAAUGAGCUGGAAGUCAUUCUGGAAAAGAAUCCCGAAAACCCAUAUUCGAAGAGUGUCAAGGUACAUGAAGAACAAUAUUCCUGUACUAUAAACAGUGAAUCUGAUAAUGUGGAAAUAACAAAAGAACCAAAAAAAACUGUUAAACCUAAAAAGCCUGUACCUAUACCUGUAACAAGUAUCUCAAACCUAUCCAGUACCACAGACAAUCCUGGUGAAAAUAUACCCAAGCUAGGGAUUGUUAGAAAGAAGCAACGUGAUAACGCUUUGGGACAUGCCUUUGGAUUUUCAACUGGUGAAGUGUCCAGAAAUAAUAAGAGGAGACACAGCUACACUAAAAAGCGAGUUUUACACCCAACCUUAAAUAUUUCAUCAGAUACAAGUGACGCGAGUUCAAUGAGUGAUUCCGAUUUUAUAUCUCCCCCCCGAGGCAAGAAGCACAAAGGCCAUACAAAAUAUGUGAAACCGAAGUCUCUUCGCAUGCGUACCCUAGACGAGGACGGCGGAUUAUUCGUGAUGCAGGGAAAAAGAAUUUUUCCAUUUGUAACGGACGGAAAAAACCUGAAAAAAUUCCUCAGUUACGAGCCAGAUGAUUCAGACGAAGAGUCAUAUUGGAAGUUGAAGUAUAUUGAAGAAAAGAAGAGGGGCGAUGAAUUGGCUAAGUUAUUGGAAAAAGCUACAAAUUCGAGGCCUGAAAAAAAUACCCUUCUCGAAGCAACUACAACUGCAGACGUGGAAGUUCCAAAAGAGAAGACAAAGAAUGUAAACGAAAGAGUUAAGACAAGUGCAGAUGCACCAGAAGCAGACGCACCCAAAUCGAAAGACACGACACUCAAGAUUAAGAUCGUCAAAAAUAAUGAGGAAGUGCAACUCGAGGGAAAUUGGUCCCAAAUAAACCCAGCGUUGGAACAAAUCGUCCAACUUAUAGACAAGUCGAGAGCUGACACCAACCGCAAACCUAGCUGCUCCGAUGUUCGUAGUGGGGUCUCAACGCCAGAUGCUAGCACAAUAAGAAGAGUAAAUGAAAUAGAGAAUGAGAUAUUUAAGGAGAUAGAAGAGAUAGAGAAAGUGCAAAUCGGCAACGAUAACAACGAUGCCCGGGAAGACCAGGAAAUUGCUAGAAAACGAGGCAGGCCCCCGUUGAAAAAGACCGCGAUGCCAAUAAAAACGAACGCUUCAGCGAAUGACGAAGACAAAAGAGUUGAUAAAUUGGAAGUUCCAACAAGACGAAGCACUCGGACCCCUAAAUCGGACACUAGUGAAAUAUCCAAUAAAAAUUCACCCGAGACAAAGAAAAGACUCACAAAAAACGUCGAAAACACAGACAAUUCUGAUGCUUACGAGAUUCGUUACAAGUUUCCAUCUCCGCCUAAAGAAACGACGCGCAGGCGUGCACCGCCGCGUGCAAGAUAGCCCUCAAAUUAUAUAAGUCAAACUAUACUCGUACCUAGCAUCACCGAAGAUCUAUCUAGCGAUAACAGCGUCUCAUAUCUAACUAUACCUUUACAAACUAAAACUUUCACUAACUCCAGCAUCAACAGUAACGUAUACAGGACUGAGUCCUAUCAGCUGCUAAUGCAAAAAAAAGACGCGCCGAACUAUUUACAGAAAAUAGAUGAACUCCGCCACUCGAGCGAGCAAUAUCAGUAUAAAAAAACCGAUAACAUUGAAAAUAAUAACGCCGCUGAUCAAAUCAACUUCGAGAAUUACAGCGCGGAUGUAUCCGAACCGUCCCAACCCACGUCGCCUGUUCUAUCCAUAGUGGAAAACGUAUCAAUCAACAAGAGUUUAAUAAGCAAUCUCAGUAGGAAUGACAUAGACGAGCCGAAAGACCCUGUUACCCUUAACCAUCUAAUGUCCCAAGGGGACUGCGCUCCACUUAUGGAGAGCGAUUACAGUGUGAGGAAAAGGGGGGUAGAUGGCACAAAACAUCAUUACAAUCUACAGGAACCUUCGGUGUCCGACUCGUUCCUCAGCAAGAUGUGUUCUGUUAAACUCGAAGAUAUAUCGCAAUCGUUAAAUUCGAAAAUUCAAAAUCUAUACAUAGAGAGCGCUAAAAAGUAUGCAAAGACAAAAACCAAGAAAACAUACGAGAGAAAAACAAGCGCAGAAAAACAGAAGGGACAAGGGAAGGGCAAGAAAACAACGUCGACGCCGCGCAAGCCAAAAGCUACUAAAACAAAAUGCAAGCCUUCCAUUUUCGAUCCGUGCCUUGAAGAACACACCGAAUCCUGCUCUCAAGGUAGGAGAUCUUGUCCGCCGCGGAUUUGCUCCGCUCAGGAUCAGCAAACAGAACCAGCUAAACCGACAGCCAGUAAAGAGAAACCUCCAUCCAGCAAGAGCAAAGUUAGAGUACAAAAGAAUAUAAUCAAAGUUAAAAUAACAAAACCUUAUAAAAAGAUUACUGAUGAGCCAGUAAAUGAGACGAACAAUGCGGAGUCGGGGAUAUUCCUUCAGACGAACGAUUCUGUGGAUCUCAUACACAACCACUCUUGUACGUGCGUCUCGGCUCACGAUUGUUUGGAUGACAGCGUUCAAAUAAUGGAUCCACCUCAACCGGCUGUCAUAACCCUCGACACGCAGAGUCCAAAACCUGAGCGAGUGCGUCAACGGUUCGUUAACGACGAGGUCGAUGUAGAACUUAUGGAUCAUGAUGCUCGUGAUGGCUCCGAAGUGGAUUCAGCCAUAGAUUACAUGAACUCCAGAAAGACCACGUCGACCCUGAGUUCGAAUAUUAACACAGCAUCACCGAAUAGCCUCAUCACCGAAGAUUUAUCACCGCACAGUACACCGAGCAACUGGUAUUUAGUGUCCGAAGAGGAGUCCACCAAUUUCAUGGAGUUUGACAGGAUUCAGACUCAAAAUGUGUACAGCUCGAAUUUGGAACCACUGUUCCCCGUCACCUGUGCUGUGCCGAAUCUCUCGACGAUAACAGAGAUCUCCAGAGAUGCUGAUACGAACUCGAAAAACAAUGAUAUUAAUCGACCCACUAAUCCAUGA